UACCAAAUCCAGCACUAACUUAAUUGUAACCACUCGUCUUUCUCACCAACUCGGUCAAAUACUCUCUCUUACAUUACUUCUCAGAAAAAGAAGGUCCCCGAGUCAAUUGCACCUCCUCUUGUUCUCCACCACCUCCCAUUUAUAUUCCCUUCUCUCACCAAUUACUUUCCAGGUUCCAUUCCCCCCACACACAACACAACACAACCAACAUAUCUUAUUGUUCUCAAACCAUGGGUAGAUCCCCUUGUUGCGAGAAAGAACACACCAACAAAGGAGCUUGGACCAAAGAAGAAGACGAACGCCUCAUCAACUACAUCAAGCUCCAUGGUGAAGGCUGUUGGAGAUCCCUCCCCAAAGCUGCUGGCUUGCUGAGAUGUGGCAAAAGUUGCCGACUCAGAUGGAUAAAUUACCUCAGGCCUGAUCUCAAGAGAGGCAACUUCACUGAAGAGGAAGAUGAACUCAUCAUAAAUCUCCACGGCUUACUUGGAAACAAAUGGUCUUUGAUAGCUGCAAGGUUACCGGGAAGAACCGAUAACGAAAUCAAAAACUAUUGGAACACUCACAUCAAGAGAAAACUCUACAGCCGCGGAAUCGACCCACAAACCCAUCGUCCACUCAACGCCUCCGCCACUCCGGCAACCACCGCCACAGCCACCGCAGUUCCAUCUGCUAACAGCAGCAAGAAGAUAAACAAUAACAACAACAACAUCGACAAUGAUAUCAACAACAACAACAAUGGUUUUCAGUUGGUGUCUAAUAGUGCUUAUGCAAACACAAAGAUUGGAACCAACUUGGUUGCUGCUGAAGAUUCUAACAGCAGCAGCGGCGUUACAACAGAAGAAUCCGUCCCUCAUCAUCAACUCAACUUGGACCUUUCCAUUGGCCUUCCUUCUCAACCCCAAGGUUCUUCGUUGAACCCAGAAAAGUUGAAACCAGAACCGCAAGAGCAUGAUGAUCAGAAGCCACAGGUUUUGUAUAAGUGGUAUGGGAACAUCACUAGCCAGCAAGGUGUGUGCCUGUGUUACAAUCUAGGGCUUCAGAGUAACCAAACUUGUUAUUGCAAAACCAUGGGUACUGCUACUACUACUACUGCCACUGAUAGUAAUCUAUAUAGAUUUUACAGACCCAUGAAUAUUUAGAGCUUAAAAUGUCAUGUUAAUUAUUGUGACUUCUCUUUGUUAACAUGGAAAUAGUUGUAGAAUCCCAAAAUUGAGAAAAUUUAGAUCAUUUUUGUGUCUAAUUUUUUUCA